GAUGUCACAUCGUCGAGAUAAUUUCAGACGCAAAAUUACUUUCAUCAUAUAAUACUGCUUGUCAACUAAUAGUAACUAGAUACAUAUUGUUCAACAGAAUAGGUCCCCUGGAACAAAGACCGGAUAUGAUCAUUACUGUAACAUAAUUACGCAAUAAAACAACUUCGAAUCAUCUGAGCUUUAAUACCAAUUAAAAUAACUUUACUUUUUAAUAAACAAGUAGAACAUUAUUUUCUUACUCUCGAGAAUUCAAAUGUCGUUUUGAAAGGUGGUGCUACACUUAACAAUUAGACAGAGAAUUUAUUGAGGAUUUUAGUUGAAGUAAUCAUGGGAGAAUUAUCGACAGGAAAUCGGUACCGGUGACUGAUCACGCGUGAAUUUUUUUCCGAUACACAUGUUGUGACUAGUCGGUCGUUAUGGAUACGUUUUCUACAGACUAUCGUAUGGUUUAUGUACGUCGAACACACCUUGUUUUCAUACGUGAAUGUGUUUUAUCUGUUCACGUGUGUAAUCCAGUGUGUAGCGUCCUAUAGAAUGCGCGGAUCCGCUUCCAGGGAAUCCCUUGUCACUCGCCUUCCGGUUCUCCUCAAAGGAGCUACGAAUUCUUUUCACUCUUUUUAUCAUCACCAGUUGAUUAGAAUUACUCUAAAAAACAGUAUAUGCAGCUCCAAGAUACCAAAAGAUGUUCUUGAACAGACCACAGAGCGCAACAACCAGGCAAGAAACUGAGAUGAUCAAUAAGGCCCAACGGGCCCUGUAUAACACCACGGACUCCAUAGAGAAACUUCGUUUGCUCUGUCUGGCCAGAGGUGCCAAUGGCAUCCUAGGGUUGGGCAGAGCUUUUCGUCGUAUGGACGAUGACGGAAACAAGAAGUUGAACCUAGAUGAAUUCACCAGAGGCCUUCAAGAAAGUGGUCUGGAACUUGCAGAGGAGGAUAUCCAAAACAUGUUCACGAAAUUUGACACAGACAACGAUGGGAACAUCAGCGUCGACGAAUUCAUUGCUGGCAUAAGACCACCGAUGUCUCAAAAUCGCAGAAACGUGGUGGAUCAAGCCUUUAAAAAACUGGAUAAAACCGGCGAUGGAGUGAUCACGAUCGAAGAUUUGAAAGGAGUUUACAAUGUCAAGUGCCAUCCCCGUUAUAUCAGCGGUGAAGAAAGCGAGGAUAGUAUUCUGAAUAAGUUUCUGGCAAACUUUGAGCAAAAUAAUACCAGAGAUGGCACUGUCACUGAAGAAGAAUUUAUGAACUAUUACAGCGCCAUCAGUGCAAGCAUCGAUCAUGACGCCUAUUUCGAUUUAAUGAUGCGAAAUGCAUAUAAACUCUGAAUCUUUACACAGUUCUGCAACAAGGUGUUCCUUCAGUUCUAUUUAUAUUGGUUUUAAAUUUACGACUGUCGUGGUUAAUGUCGACCUUUAAAGUAUUCGCGCAACUGGUAGUGGCUAAUGAAAAAUUCAUGCACAAACCCCUAGACAAUUUGCGGAAUACAGCAAACUGACUUAUGUAAUAAUUCAUGGUUACUAGCUUCGCCUACCGGCCGAUUUUCACCUAAUGCAAUUAAUUGAUGACUAAGGUGUUUCACGAAGAAGCCAGCAAAAUAAUCCGUUGAUCUUCAUAUCUAUAACACUACAGUGUUUCUCAAGCUGAUCUAAAAAUGUUUUUCGUGAUUCUUAAAUAUUGUAUAUAAAUUUAAUCAAUGUUAAUUAAUGUUCGUAAUAAACAGAGAAGGUAUUUGUACGUUUAAA